GGAUUCAGAUCUUGCUUUUUCACAACUUGUAUUUGACGUGUUUUUUUUUUAAUUGAGUCAUAUUAUUAUUAGUUAUGUAUCGUUAGUGUAAACUUAUGUCUCUGUUUGUUGUACGUUCCAGUAGAUUCCCCAGCGGCAGGUGUACAUGGAUCUGCCAGGUUACGUAACCUUUUGUCGCGUGUCACAGACAGCAUCUUACCGAACGCGCUUUGUGACUGUCUCAGGGUGCCCACGGCACAUCAGGUGCACGCGACUCGCGAAUUUCUUUCUAAAUGCCCGCGGUGCCCAUUGCGAGCCGCUAGCGGAGCAGCGACAGACUCCCGCAUCCCCCUCCCGUUAGACCGCCGGGCGAGGGGGGCGCGGCGCAGUCGCCUCUGCGGCAUUUCAUGCGCACUGAAAGCUCUGAAACGAUCGGAAACUUAUGAAGCUGCACGCCUGCUCUGUUACUCCAAAGGAACAGAAAGAGCUCGACAAGGAGAGUCCCCGCAGUCGCAUCCCACGCCUGGUGCUGCGCCCGUACCGCCCCAAGAAGAAGGGAGGGUCGUCGCCGCUGUCUGAGGACUGCGACCGCCGCUCCGGACAUUCACGGAGGACCAUCAGCAGUAACAGCUCGUGCUCAGAUGACACCGGCUGUCCCAGCAGUCAAUCCGUCUCCCCAUCAAAGACCCCGUCAGACACCGAGCACAGCCCAGUAGACUUUCCGCCAUUAGAAGAGAAGCAAAAUGUUAAGAGAGUGAAGACCGAGGCCAUGGCCGAAUGGAACAUCCCACCCGCCCGCUACAAGAGAGAGCAAAGGCCGUGCGCCCUGCAGAGAGGCAGUGAGGCCGAUUUCAGCUCCUCGAGCAGCACAGGCAGCAUUUCGGCACAAGAAGUCUCCAUGUCUGGUCCCACCAGCAAGAGGUCCACUUUGAAUCGCAGAAAUGGUGCCCAUGGCAGGCUUAAUGUCUCUUCAACACUCAAGCCCAUCAGCCCAACUGCCACGCGAGAAAAAGAACUGCUGAGCCAGUUUUACAGAAAUCAGCCACACAUGGCGUCUUCACACAGCAGCAGCAGCAACUCCGGCUCGUACAAAGGAAGCGACUCCAGCCCCACGACAAGAAGGCCGAGCACCACACGGUUUGCCUCCUGCAGCGACAACCAUGGCAUUAAACCACCAACGCCGGAGCAGUACUUGACUCCUUUGCAACAAAAAGAAGUGGCCAUCCGACAUCUUAAAACAACACUGAAGGACUCUGCAACAAAGCUCCUCGAAAAGGAGGCAGAGGUUGAAGACCUAAAAACACAACUUGGGCGAAUGCGAGAAGACUGGAUAGAAGAAGAGUGUCACCGAGUUGAAGCGCAGUUGGCACUUAAAGAAGCAAGAAAAGAAAUUAAGCAGCUGAGGCAGGUAGUGGAAACCAUGAAGAACAGCCUGCUAGAAAAAGACAAGGGCAUUCAGAAGUAUUUCAUUGACAUUAACAUUCAAAACAAAAAGCUUGAAACCCUCCUUCACAGCAUGGAGUUGGCCCAGAACGGUUCUAUGAAGGACGACCCCUCUCUCGACUAUGUGUGCACUUUACCAGGGGAGACCAUGGCUGGGAGUUCCGCUUACGAGAAGCUAGACGACGGUCUAGUUUUGGAAGAUCAGGCCGAGGAAGAAAUGGCCGAUUGUGGCUUGCUUCUCAAUGAUGAGAUGGCAAACCGGAUAGAUUUCUUGGAUCAGAUGAUACCUUCGGGGAGACAGCCCAGUGAUGACUCCCAGCACUACUUUGGGACGGCUGAGCCAGUGUCCGUGAAGUGUGGUUUCGAGAUGCUUUCUUCCUUUUGUGAUGAUCAAUUAAUUUUCACUGAAAAAGCAAUUCAGACAGAUGUUGUUCCCUACAACUCCAAUUUUGAAAACCUUCUCCUUUAUUUAAUGAAAUCCCAAAACCUAAGUCCGCUGGCCAUUGCGAAUAACCCAACCCUUCCUUUUCCUGAGGUUUCAAAUAUGCUAAUGGAUUUAACUCCCUGUGACCCCAAUUCUGCCAUACUGGUCUCCCCUGAAAAAUCCGAAGACUCUGGCGUGUGUCUAGGGCCUAUGAGCCACAAUAUGAAUGAACUCGAUUUCAGGCCACUGCACGACGACUCCACGGGAAGCAAUUUGCCUGCCACCUCACUUGUGGAAAAGCAUUACUGGAGCAACAGUUUCUUAAUGGAUCUGUUGGCCGUUGCUGUUCCUGUGCUGCCUACAGUGGCCUGGCUGUUCGCGACACAAACUGGGAGAACGGACCCCGUCUAUAACAUCGGGGCACUGCUGCGGGGUUGUGUCAUCGUGGGUCUGCACUCACUUCGCCACACGUCGCGCAAGAUGUUCCAACCCCGUUUCCAAAUGCCCGCUUCUCCUUAGCGUGUUGGGAGAUUUUAUUACAUGAAAGCAUGUGACGAAUGCUGUCCAAUCACUGACGCUGUGUGACACUGUCUGUUGUGUCGUGCUUGUGCUGUUUAAUACGCAGGAUGUGCAAUAUUUGAGCAUGAAGAUGUGGCAAGUUUUUAUUGUGUAGAUGUUUAUUUAAGAAUGAGCGAACUCGCUUGGGAUGAGCCUUGCGUCAGCCAUCCUAACUCUACGAUUCACUGAGCUGGAAAGGGAGCCUGAGCUCAAGGCUUCUUCUCUUUGUGAUUAAAAUGUUCUCCAUAUUCCAUUGGUACAUGUAUCCACCAUACACACUACAAGUCAGGUCAUGUUGGGGAGCAUGCACUGGUACAGCGUGUUGCCGCACCCACCACGCUCUGGUUGGCCACCCCCCAGGCAGACAUGUGGUCCAGUCCCACCCUACAGAAAUAACCUUCUAUCUGACACAGUCAGGUGUUACGUGGGUGACUCCUUGGCCUGGUCCAGUCAUGUGAAUUUCCCCCUGGAUGUGAAUUUCCCCCUGGGAUUAAUAAAGUAUCUAUCUAUCUAUCUAUUUGGAUCCCUGACGAGGAGGAUCUUAUGAACCGGAUCACCCUCGAGGAAUCGCGCCACAUGUCCGUAGAACAGUAACUGACGCUCCCUCACAAUGCAGGUCAUGUGCCUCAUUUGGGACUCCGUGAGCAACACAAAGUCAAACCAAUGGUACGCAAGGAUUUUCCAGAGAGACACAGUGAUGAAGGAGUCCAAUCUUCAUCUCAGGUCACUGGAUAGCGUCCAUGUCUUGCAACCAUAUAGCAAGACAGGAGGCACCAGGGCUCUAAAGACUUGGACCUUCGUCCUUUUGCAGAAAUAUCAGGAGCACCACACACCCCUUUCCAGUGACCUCAUGACCCCCACUGCCCUAACAAAAAAUAUAACCCUCAAGCUUGCUUUCUGUUUUUCAUAUUCAACACCAGACCUCAACUCAUCAAGUCAAGUGUUGUGUCCUUCUGAAUGAGAACUCAAAACACACAGCAGGAGUUCCAUACUUUGGACACACUAGACAGAUGAGCAUGGGGACAAAGGACAGGAGGCAUCAGCCCGCUUUUAGGGAUUUGAUGGUGGAGUAACUGCAUCGAAACAUCGUAGAAAAAAAAAAAAAAAUCAAAUUGUUGAAAAGAAAUGUCAAUGCAAGAAAGCAGCAGACAAUCAGACACUGCAUUAAAGGGCGAAGAAACAGCAAAUUUAGAGAGAACAUCGAUGUAGCAGUAGUCCGGUAGCACCUUGAUACCACAUUAGAAGUCACCAGACAAAAGGGAAAUCGGCAUAAACAUGAACAUUGUAGAACAACGUGAGACCCAGAUACUAUGUUAGAAGACAGCAAAUCAAAUGGAAUGAAAAUUACGAAGGAGACGGACAUAAAGGAUUUGCUGUAAACACUGUGUUAUUAUAUAAGACAUAAAGAAUUAGUGAAAACACUGACGUAUUAGAAAACCUGUGAACGCUGAGUUAUGUACGAUACUAGAAAGUGACAAAUGCAACGAAGUCAACGUAAAUAUCAACAUCCUAGAAGGUGGAGUGUAGGAGGCAUUAGUGCCAACACUGACAUUCUGUAUUCAGACCCAGCAGAAUCCGUAAACAUGCCGACCUAUUAGCUAAGUGCAGAUGCUACAUUAGAAGAUGACAGAUGUUAUCAAAUCAGUGAAUUGACAUACAAGGAGGAGGAGGAGGAAUUAGUGUAUGAUGGAUGUCCAGUCAUGCAGUGGGGGACAUUCAGCCUCGCACAUCACGUUGGAGCGGCCGUACACGAUAUGCAGGAAGAAAUUCUUCUUCUGGUGUGGAUUUAGAAAAAAACAUUUAAUCGGUUUGCUAAAAAUUAGUCAAAAACUAACAAAUUUAUAAUGUGAAACAUGUUCUAUUACAAAAUGACAAAAUGGGUUAGUGCAUUCGUGUCUUUCAGCUGACGUCUUUGUGGGUGGACUUGCUGUGAGCGAGCAGUGGGCUCUAGGUGAGCCUACCCCUUUAAGGAUAUUACCCAGAGUGGUGUACGGUUCAACGUGAUGGGGGAGUUGAUGCAAACGGUACGAGAGGAGAGAGAAAAGCCGCGUCUUGUUCUGGGUUUGCUUUGGCCUUAGUGGUGCUGACGACAAAAAUGAGUGAGUGAACAAGAAAGAAGCUGAACUUUUAUCAGUACAGGACGGGUACACUCCUGCCCUUGCGUUUAUGUGAGAAACACAGCAUCAACUAGUGAUUUAAGACAUAAGAGGUAUGCCCAUCUGCACAGUUAAUCAGUAAAUCAUACAUUAUUUUUUUUUAACUUUUAUAUAUUUUAUACCAGUAUCUACUGUCACAAUCUUCAAUCAUCCUGUGAUGUGGAUUUUUGGCCACACAACUCCCCCUUAACAUGAAGUCACUGCUCCUCGGCCUUUCACUACGGUGUCUACUCCCGGGGGCACACAGACAUUCACCACCCUGUAAGAUGAAGAUUUGUACCCCGGAAUAACUAUUUCCCACUUGUCCACCACUGUGUAUGGGAGUUUUGAUUGGUUUGACCGUUUGUUCCCUUCUGUUGUGUACAUUGAUAGUACAUUACAUCAACAUCAACACGUCCUCACAGGUGGCGCAGUAGUAGUGCUGCUGCUUUGCAGUAAGGAGACUGGAAGAUUGUGGGUUCGCUUCCCGGUUCUUCCCUGUGUGGAUAGCGCUUUGAGUACUGAGAAAAGUGCUAUAUAAAUGUAAUGAAUUAUUAUUAUUAACAUUACUACGCUGCUUUAAAAUGAAAACGAUCUCCUUCCACACUAGCGUGUUCACAUCAUUUAUGAAAGCAUCUCCACCCACAUCAAAAUUACCAAAAAGUCACACACAUGGUGUAGCUGUUCACCUAAACUGGGAAAGCAUGAACUGGAGGCAAUAAGAGGAGGCAGCAUCCCGGUUAAGACGCCAGCAAUGGCAUUUAUUGCAGAACCGUAGCAACCUGUAAAUUAUUUGCGUUUUGCGCAUGUAAGCAGAAUUCAAACUGUACAAAGCACAAUUUAGAUGCAUACAGGUAAGCAAACGCAGCAAGUGUUAUUGGAAGCAACUCCUCUCUAUCCAUUUUGCUGGAAGAUGGCUUUCAUUUGUGAAGGGUGACCAAUCAGGGAAUGACACGGAAGGGUAAGAGGAGCUGGAUCCAAUCAGGGAAGGGUCAUGUAAUAAGCACAAACCAAUCAGAGAAUGAUUGAGAGUCUGUGUCUCCACCCAUCCGCCCUGCAACAUUUUCAGAAAUCUAUGGCUGUGGAGAGCGUUUUCAAAAGUCUCCAUUUUGGGGGGUUGAAAACACCAGGGUUGUGUGGACGAAAGGCAAAAGCAAAGACCAACAGCUGCACUUUUAAACAAAGGCAUAGUAGUAGUGUGGACGUAGUCACUGAUUUUGCUCUCCUUGCCACCUCCUAGCAGUUUAUAUGUUGAUGUUUAAAUUUUGUCACAUUACAUUUUCAUAUCCUGGCGUUCGUUGUCUUCUAUAAUGUAGACCAUUUACCAGCUUCACUCUGUUAGCAUCUACCAGAAGUGCUUUGCCCAGUUUUAGAAGAGCAAGGAAAAGACAUUAAGGAUAAAGUAGACAGUACAACAGGUAAGCUGCCGCCAUUUAUAUCCAUGAAGUCUAGAUGAGGUCCCGAGCUCGUGUCGUGUCUCUCCUACCAGCCAGGAUGAGCGUCUGAUGUAAGGUUCAUCCCAAAUGGAAAUUUCUUUUACUGUAAGCAAACUUGUCCACACCUUCAGUCACUUAGCUAGGGUUUGACUGUACACAAAUCUUUCGCUUUCUUGGUUGGUUUUCAUUUUUUUAAGUUAUUUACUUCAUUUUGUGGCAAAAUGUGUAAAUCAAGCUGUCUCUACAGCAGGAUUGUUACAACUUUAAUUAGCCACAUUUCAUCUGGGAAUGAGCUUAUGAAGUGACGACACUUUAAGGCUUGAAUGAAAUGUACUGUUUCUGAUGUCUUGUUACUGUUUACAAGAAAUGUAAUUCUGAAAUUAUUUAUUAAAAGCAUGAUGACGCAA